AUGAACCUCACCAACUGCUCAGCGGCCUUCUGUCCAGAACAGACGCGAGCAUUCACCAAGAAGACGGUCGUGGCGUUGACCCUAUCCGCGAUCAUGCUUCUGACAGCGGUGUUGAACUCGGCAGUAAUAGCUGCUAUUUGCGUCACGAAGAAACUGCACCAGCCCGCCAACUACCUGAUCUGUUCCCUGGCGCUCACAGACCUGCUCGUUGCCGUUUCAGUCAUGCCUGUCAGUAUUCUGUACAUCAGCAUGGAGACCUGGGUUCUCGGUCAUGUUGUGUGCGAAGCCUGGCUAAGCCUCGACAUGACCUUCUGCACGUGUUCCAUCCUUCACCUGUGCGUGAUCGCCCUGGACAGGUACUGGGCCAUUACAGACGCUGUGCGGUAUGCAGGGAGAAGGACAGCCAAGCGGGCCGUGGCCAUGAUAGUCACUGUCUGGGUGAUCUCCGUCUGUAUAGCCAUACCACCGCUGUUUUGGAGAAGCCAUGAUGCUACUAGAACAGGGCCUCAGUGCAUAAUUAACCACGACCAUGCCAUCUACACCAUUUAUUCCACGUUUGGAGCCUUUUAUGUGCCUCUGGCUUUAAUCCUCGUCCUGUACUAUCGCAUCUACCACGCUGCCAAGACCCUUUACCAGAAGCGAGGCUCCAGCCACCGCAGCGCCGGGAGGGGGUCGCCCAGCUACACCGGCUGCAAGCUGGCGCACACCUUCUGUGUGUCUGACCCCGGGCUCGAAAGCACCCGCAGCCAGCUGGCGGUCGAAGCAGCGGGCAGAGAGAACGGGGAGCUGCCGCAGAUCUCCAGUGGCAGGGAGCGGAGAGCUGCACGCGUCCUGGGACUCAUCCUGGGGGCCUUCGUCGUCUGCUGGCUGCCCUUCUUCGUCAAAGAGCUGCUCACAGGGAUUAAACUCUGGGCGGUCUCACCGAAGGCGUCUGACUUCCUAACGUGGCUGGGUUACGUUAACUCACUGAUUAAUCCCCUCCUCUACACCAGCUUCAACGAGGACUUCAAAUUAGCCUUCCGCAGGUUUACCAGCUGCAGAAAGCACAGGUAA